GAAUGAAGGGCUGUCGCGCUCAGAGAAUGGUACAGUCUGGUAGUCUGAGCUUUUGCUUUCUCGUCGCUCCCUGACCGCGACCGAAGGCAAGUGGCUAAACACGUACAGUUCUUCUAACCAGAUUUCCGUCAACAUGACGUGUUCUUCUAGUGAAUAAUUCGGUCAAUAAAACAUGGACAUUAAGCCGGUGCUGGCACUGAUAGAUGGGAGGAAAGUUAAAAUCCACAGGCCUUGAAGGCAGCAGAUUGGGAGUUCAUAUGGGCCAUGAGGAACUUUAAAGGAGCAGAUUUUGGAAAAUGGAUGAGCAACCAAGAACAGACGAAAGUUUUGCUGGCUGAACUGAAGGAGUUCCUGUCCAGACCACUGGAAAGCCCCACAGGCCGUUCACUUGCAACACAGCAGCGGCUGGCAUGUGAUGGCAUUCUGAGGGCCUGCAACCAGCAAGUGGUGGCUGGGCUGGCUAGUCCCGAGCACCUGAGCAGCUUGUUGGAGCUGGUAGAGAUGGCCUGUGAUGGCUACUUGACAGCAACCCCUCAUCGCUCACCUCUCUACUUGGAACGGAUCCUCUUUGUUCUAUUGAGAAAUAUUAGUGCCCAGGUGUCCCCAAAAGCUGUUCAUCGCCUGAUCCAGUCAUUGCAUGCUUGUCUCGUGCAGCAUGUGCCCGUGACUACAAACCAGGACUAUGAGACAAUCGCCCGAGGGGCCUUUUCUUUGCUUUGGAAGAGGGCAGACGCAGCUGAGGAUCAACAUUCGGCCUUCUCUGUUCGCCUAUGGGCUCUGAGCUUCUUGGUUCUCCUAGAGAAUGAAAGUACCCCCUGUAAAUUCCCCCAUUUUUCUUCCCCGACGGCUUGUCAAGCUGAAGCUGCCUGCCGGCUCUUUGAAGCUAAUGGUCAUCCUUUGAGUGAGGCAGAUACCUGCUUCCUCAAUGAACAGCUCUCUACUCGUGUGAUCAAAGUGCUGGUUGGUGAGGAAGCUGGCCCUUCGUGUGCUCUCUCCCCCCGCAGGGCCCUCUGCCUCCUAGAGCUCACCUUAGAGCGGUGCCGGCGGCUCUGCCUGCACCGCUGCUGUGAUGAGGCCACCAGGGCUGUGCAGGAAGCCCAGGGUUACCUAGGAAACACAGACUUGGCCCCUAGCCUCCAGCUGUGCCAACUUGGGGUAGAACUGCAGAGACUGCUGCCGGGAGCUCUUGGGGUGGUGGGUGAGCUGUUGAGCAAAGCUGCUGCUACCCUUGAUUUUGGUGUGCAGGGCCCAUCAUCUUCACUUAGGGCCCUUUCCGAGGCUUGCCAGUUCAUCUUCUCAGUCCUAGAGAAUGAUACCCUGAAAAAGCAUGAUUCGGACACCGUCUUGGGCUUUUCUGCCUUCCUGGGCAAAUACUGUCAUCUUCUACGCCAGCUUCGGGACAAUCCUCCUGUGGAUUGUCCCAAGCAGCAGCAAGUCUUGACUCAGAUGCAUUUUCAUGGAUUCCAACUUUAUACCAAGAUGGUUUAUGAUUUCUUCAAUGGUUCUAAGAUAACUGAGUUGACUGACCUAACACAGCUAGGAGAGAGUUGUCGCCAUGCUGUUGUCUGGAUGCUCGAAGCUUUAGAGGGCCUAAAAGACCAAGAGCAGACAGAGUACCUUGGAAUCACUGCCUGCUGUACCAGUCACUUGGCAUACAGAUUCUACAGCCAGAAGCUUUAUGCAGAGGCCAGCUCUGUCACUGAGCCUUUCUGUCAGAAGAUGGGAUUGGCAAAACCUGGAACAUACUCUGGACUACUUCCAGAAAGGCUACACAAAUGCUUCCGGCUACAUGUAGAGAGCCUGAAGAGACUAGGCCAGUUAGCCCAGGGCUGCAAAAUGGUGGUUCUAUGGCUGAUGGCACUGCGGCCCCAUACCGUGGAGCAGAUGGCAGAACCCAUUGGCUUCUGGAUCCGUGUCAAGAUGGAUGCUGCCAAAGUUGGUGACAAGGAGUUGCAGUUGAAGACACUUCGAGACAGCCUGACUGGAUGGAGCCCAGAGGUCCUGACGCCCCUGCUGGUAGAAGAGUUGCGAGGAUAUAAGGCAGUACGGGCUGACACAGCACAAGAGCGCUUCAAUAUUAUUUGUGACUUGCUGGAGCUGAGUACAGAAGAGACACCAGCUGGGGCCUGGGCCCGGGCCACCCACUUGGUAGAGCUUGCCCAAGUGCUGUGCUACUAUGACUUUGCCCAGCAUGCCGACUGUUCAGCCUUGGAUGCAGUGCAGGAGGCCUUGAAGCUGUUGGAAUCUGUGCAGCCUGAGAGCCAGGUUACAGACCAGUUUUUGGAUGAUAAAGCACAGGCUUUGCUGUGGCUCUACAUCUGUACCCUGGAGGCCAAAAUGCAGAAAGGCAUUGAGCAGGACUUGAGGACAAAGUCGCAGCCCAACUUGAUAGAACUAGAAACCAAUGACCUGAAUUAUGAAGAUAAAAUACAGAAUGACCAUUUUCUCUACAGUAGCCUUGCCUUCAAUCUGGCUGCAGAUACAGCUCAUUCUAAGUGUUUAGAUCAGGCAUUAGCACUUUGGAAGAAGAUGCUAACAAAAGGGCAGGUGCCCAUGGUGAGAUGUCUGCCACAGACCACUUCCUCCCUCCAGAUCCUGGCUGCUCUCUGUCAGAUGCUGGGCAAGCCCCUACAGGCUCUAGAGACAUAUUUGUUGCUACAUACGCUCUCAGAAAAUCUUAAGGACUACAUUCGUGCAGCCAGUGCCUCUUGCCAUAUUACCCGGAUCCUUUUGACACUUGACUGUCCCAGCUAUGCCCAGGUAUAUUUGAAAGAGGCCGAGUCCAGUUUGCAGCUCAGUGAUCACAGCAGUGAUGGAUACCUGCUCCUCUCCCAAACCUGUGUCUUACUUAGAAGUCAACUUUACUACAUCCAUAAAAAGGUGGCCGAAGGCCUCUCUUUGCUGCUGUCUGUGUUGCGGGAUUCAGCCCUUCAGAAGCCUUCUAAAGCCUGGUACUUGCUUCGGGUUCAGGCCAUGCAGUUGGUGGCUGUCUACCUUAGUCUCCCCUCAAGCAGCCUUUCUGUCCAACAAUGGGAGCAACUUUAUUCUCAAGGCUGGCAGACUUCUGAGAUAGCGCUCAUUGAAUCCCACAAGCUCCUCCGAAGCAUUAUCAUACUUCUGAUGGGCAGAGAUGUGCUCUCUCUUCAGCGGACAGCUGGGGAGACUGUCUUUCUCGACUAUGGUGAGAACCUAAUACAGAAGUGGCUAGUUCUUGCAGAAGUUCUGGGCUGCUCAGAAAAGCUGGUCACCCUGUUAGGACGCUUGGGCACUGUGAGUGAAGCCAAGGCCUUCUGUCUGGAGGCUUUGAGGCUCACACUGAAGUUGCAGUGUCUACGUCGGUGUGCCCUGUUCCUGGUGCUAAAGGGAGAGCUAGAACUAGCCCGAAAUGAUCUUGACCUCUGUCAUUCAGAUCUCGAGCAGGUGCUAUUCCUGCUUCAGUCUGAUACAGAGUUCGAAGGGAUAACCCAGCCACGAGAUAAGGCAAAAAAAAUCCAUCCCCAGAAAGGACAACAACAGUCCCAAGUACUAUCCUGUUCCGAAUUACUUGAAGAAGAACCCUUCCUGAAGGGCCCUGCUCUGCAGCUGGUGGCCACUGUGGAUAAGGAUCCUGGCCCCUCCAUAUCCUCCCCUGUGCUGAAAACCAAACCUCAGCCUUGCCCUGCCUUCCUUUCCCAUCUGUCUGCCUGCAACUGUACACUCUGUACUGAUCCUGCUCUAUUAGCUGUCUGCCUCCGGUGGCUGCUAGCCUCUGCUGGUGUGGAAUUUUCCUCAGGUAAUCGGGCAAAGGGCCUGGACUUGUUACAGUCUGUGCUCAAGAGAUGCCCGGAGGCCACAGACUGUCUGGCACAGGUUUUGCAGGCUAUUCUGAGCCAAGAAGUCCCACCGUCACCUGCCCCAAGAUUCCUAGAGGAUCUCAUUGCUCAAGCUUAUACUCGAUUGGCUCUGGAAGGCAUAAAUCAUCCACCAACCAAGGGCCUAUGGGCAAUAUUAGAGACUGGGUUGAAUUUUGUUGCUUCUAGGACUCCCCAUCUGGACCACUGGCAUGCCAGCCUACUUGUGGCAAAGGCCCUGGCAUCGAUAUCCAAUCUCAGCUGUUUUACCACUCAGCUUUUUGGGAACACCUGGCCUUGGCAACCCCCAGUGGGGAAAUUAUCCCAGACUUCUAAAUCUUCUAAAAAUCAGAGCCAGAAGCUUACGGAAGAAAAGAGCAAGCAGAUGGUCUCGAAUGACCCGUCCCUUCACAGUACCUCCCUAGAGAGUCUGGAUGAGAAGCUUCCAGCUGUACUGCGGCCGAUGGGGAGACCUUGUACCCCAAAGCAGCCGGGGCCAGCUGGUCCCCACAUGCCCUUCACCGUGUUUGAUGAGGAGCUCUCUGUACAAAGCAAGCCUGAGCUAAUGAAAGCACCAAGGGUCAGGUGCAGGACCCAAACCCGCCUCAAGGUGAACUUUAGUGAUGAUGAAGACUCCAUCCCCUCUGUGAGAUUGGCUGAAAAGCCCAAAAGAGGAAGAGCAGCCUCUCGAGGCCGAGGUCGAGGCCGGGGUAGCAGGGUCUCAAGACUAAAGACAAAUAACAAAGGUGCUCCAGCAGGGUUCAAGGAUCAGUUUACUUCUGGCAGCCACAGCAGAAAGGCCACAGUAGAGGAACAUGUCCCUCAGAGAGCCCUUCGACGUCAGACAAAGUUGGAUGUGGAGUUCAUGCGGACCAUUCGUGAAGAACACAAGACUGACCAGCUGGAUAUGAGCUUUGAGAUUCUCCAGGAUUCUGAUGAAGAAGGCAUGGUCUCAGGUGGGCAGAAAUGGAUGCCAUUGUGGCAUGAGAUAGCCGAGGGAGAGUGUGAAGUGGUAAGACGAGAUGCUGGCAAGGAGGUUCCAUCUGUCUUGGCUCCAGAGAAGAGAGAAAGCCACAAACAGCGUGGCACACGUUCCAGACUUGUCUCUGCCCCUGCCACUUUUGGCUUCUCUACCCUUGACUCUGUCUAUGAGUCCCUGAGCACUGCCUUCCGCUGCAUCAGCCAUUGCCCCCCCAGUGGGCUCCACGCUCAGCUGUGCCGCCUCCUGGCUUUGUGUGUGGGAUCCCGGGAUCCCUACGCCACUGCCUUUUUUGUGACCGAGUCUGUCUCCAUCACCUCUCGACACCAGUUGCUCACCAGCCUUCACCGGCAGCUGCACAAAGCACAAAAGCAGCAAACAGUGGAUUUGACUGAGCAAUUCCAGGGGCUGAAUCUUCAGGAAGAGCCCAAAGGUGUCCCCUUCAACCGCCUCCAGCACCUCUUUUCAUUCAGAACUCCAAGACCUGGCUGCUUCCCUCAGCCUGAGAAGGAGAGUUUCCUAGAACUUCUGGCUCAAAUUCCUAGUGGGGUGACAGUGUGUGUGCUGGCCUUAGUCAGCCUCCAGAAUGGAACAGUGGGAGAUACAUUACUGUUGACACGUUUGGAAAAGAAUACUCCCCCUGUCACUAUCCAGAUACCCACCGCCCAAACCAAGAUGCCUCUGAGUUUGGCUUUGGGAGAGUUUGAUGCGAUCCAGAAGGAACAGAAAGAGAAUAGCAGCUGUACAGAGAAGUCCAAAUGGUGGGCAACUCGGCUGAAACUGGAUCGAAGGAUGGAGGACCUCAUCACUUCCCUAGAGAAACAUAUACUAGGCUGUUGGAAGAUGAUGCUGGUACCCUUCACUGGGAAUCCAAGCCUGACCCAAGAGGCUUCCUCUCUAAAGGACUCACUAGGGCAAUGUGGCUGGAAGUCUCCUGACCCUACCUUGCUACAGGUGGUUUUGGGUGCUGCCCAUACCCUUUCCCCUCAGGACGUUCAGGCAUUAGCCAAUGGUCUAUGCCAGGCCCAGCCAGAAAAAGCUCAGGAGCUACUACAGGAGGCCAUUGAACGUUGGAAAGGCCAGACUGGGGAGAGUAAUGGACACCUAGUUCUGGUAUUGGAUAAGGACUUGCAGAAGCUGCCCUGGGAAAACAUUCCCAGUCUUCGGGCACAGCCUGUUACUCGGCUGCCCUCACUCCGAUUCCUGCUCAGCUACUCCCUUAUCCGAGAGACUCAGGCUUCGUCAGUAUUGAAUAGGGGAGUGAAUCCACAAAAUACCUUCUACAUCUUGAACCCGCAGAACAAUCUAGGAGGCACAGAGGAUCGAUUCCGAGCCAGAUUUUGCAGUGAGGCUGGCUGGAAGGGGCUGGUUGGUGAGGCCCCAAGCCAAGAACAGGUUCAGGCAGCCUUGACAGAGCAUGAUCUAUAUAUUUAUGCAGGACAUGGGGCUGGUGCCUCCUUCCUGGAUGGGCAAACAAUUCAGCGGCUCAGCUGCCGAGCAGUAGCCUUAUUGUUUGGGUGUAGCAGUGCUGCCCUGGCUGUACACGGGAACCUGGAAGGGGCUGGCAUCGUUCUAAAGUACAUGAUUGCAGGCUGCCCCCUGUUCUUGGGAAACCUGUGGGAUGUGACAGACAGAGAAAUAGACCGCUACACAGAAGCGCUGCUUCAGGGCUGGCUGGAGGCUGGGUCAGGAGCUCCCCUCCUCUCCUAUAUCAUCCAGGCAAGACAGGCUCCCAGACUCAAAUAUCUCAUUGGUGCUGCACCAGUAGCUUAUGGCUUGCCUGUCUCCCUCCAGUGAAGAAAAAAAAGUCUCUUUUAUAGUUUUUACCUCUGGUUUCUUUACCCAAUUUUUUUUUUCCAAUGUUUAUAUGUGUGUUUACUCAUUUAAUAAAGUUGUUAUUUAAGCUUA